UGCUGCUGCUGCUGCUUCUCCUCUCCCUCGGUGGAGUUUCGUCUUCGGAGCAAUCUGCCAGACCAUCGGUUCCUUGGCCCCUUGCAGCAAGAGGUUUUGUUUUUGUGCCUGAGUGCAAUACUUAAAGAGCAGUCUGAGCGUGGGAAGCGAGUGCCGGGACUGUAUUGCAGCUGUAAAGCCUGCCUAGCUGAAACACAGAAGUUGAAGAUGCAGUUGAAGAUUUUACCUUAGGUAUUUUGGACACUCUGGACGUGUAGUGUCAGGCCGUGAAGGUGUAGCUAUGUACCUUUUUGGCAGUGAGGAUUACGAAGUGGGUUCGGCGGACUCCUACACCAGCCGUCCAUCCGAUUCAGAUGUAUCUCUGGAAGAAGACAGGGAAGCAGUGCGGAGAGAGGCUGAGCGACAGGCCCAGGCACAGCUGGAAAAAGCAAAGACAAAACCUGUUGCAUUCGCAGUUCGGACGAAUGUUGGGUACAGUGCAGCACACGAUGACGAUGUUCCAGUCCCAGGCAUGGCCAUCUCAUUUGAGGCUAAAGAUUUUCUUCAUGUUAAAGAAAAAUUUAAUAAUGACUGGUGGAUAGGACGGUUGGUAAAAGAAGGCUGUGAAAUAGGAUUCAUACCAAGCCCAGUCAAACUAGAAAACAUGAGGCUGCAGCAUGAACAAAAGGCAAAACAAGGAAAAUUCUACUCCAGUAAAUCAGGAGGAAACUCUUCAUCCAGUUUGGGUGACAUCGUUCCUAGUUCCAGAAAAUCGACGCCUCCAUCAUCUGCUAUAGACAUAGAUGCCACUGGCUUAGAUGCAGAAGAAAAUGAUAUUCCAGCAAACCAUCGCUCCCCCAAACCCAGUGCAAACAGUGUAACAUCACCCCACUCCAAAGAGAAAAGAAUGCCCUUCUUUAAGAAGACAGAGCACAUCCCUCCCUAUGAUGUAGUGCCUUCUAUGCGACCAGUAGUUUUAGUGGGGCCUUCUCUGAAGGGAUAUGAGGUAACAGAUAUGAUGCAAAAAGCAUUAUUUGAUUUUUUAAAACAUAGAUUCGAAGGGCGUAUAUCAAUUACACGAGUCACAGCAGACAUCUCGCUUGCCAAACGCUCAGUAUUAAACAAUCCCAGUAAGCAUGCGAUAAUAGAGCGAUCUAACACAAGAUCAAGCUUAGCUGAAGUUCAAAGUGAAAUUGAACGGAUUUUUGAAUUAGCAAGGACACUGCAGUUGGUAGUGCUUGAUGCUGAUACCAUUAACCACCCAGCUCAACUAAGCAAAACCUCUCUGGCUCCCAUUAUAGUAUACGUAAAGAUUUCUUCUCCUAAGGUUUUACAGAGGUUAAUAAAAUCUCGAGGGAAAUCUCAGGCCAAACACCUUAAUGUUCAGAUGGUGGCAGCUGAUAAACUGGCACAGUGUCCUCCUGAAAUGUUCGAUGUAAUUCUUGAUGAGAACCAGCUUGAAGAUGCUUGUGAGCACCUUGCUGACUAUCUGGAAGCCUACUGGAAGGCCACACAUCCACCUAGCAGCAAUCCUCCUAACCAGCUUCUCACUCGCACACUUGCAACAGCCACUCUUCCUAUUAGCCCAGGUCCAAAUAUUAAUUUACAGGGAUCUCAAGGAGACCAGAGGAAUGACCAUUCAGUCCCUGAACGCAGUAGUUCACAAAUUGAAGAGGAACCACGGGUUGAACCCAACAAGAAAUCCCAGCAUCGCUCUUCCUCAAGCCAACACCACAAUCAUCGCAGUGGUGUUAGAGGCCUCUCUAGGCAAGAAACUUUUGACUCGGAAACACAAGACAGCAGAGAUUCGGCUUACGUAGAGCCAAAGGAGGACUACUCACAUGAGCACGGUGACCACUAUGAUUCUCACAGGGAUCACAAUCAUAGAGACGAGUCCCAUGGGAGCAGUGAUCACAGACAUAGAGAAUCAAGGCAUCGCUCAAAGGAGAGGGACCGCGAGCAGGACCACAAUGAAUGCAACAAACAGCGUAGUCGUCAUAAAUCAAGGGACCAAUAUUGUGACAAGGAUGGGGAAGUGAUAUCGAAAAAACGUAAUGACGCAGGAGAAUGGAACAGGGAUGUUUACAUCCGUCAGUAACUUUUGUCUCCGGCAGUCUUGUGUUUCUUUGAAGUCUUGUAACAAUGCCCCUUGAAAAUAUCUUUGGGUUCUUCAUUGCAGAACAUAUGGUAUCCUUCUGUACGCUGAUUUGUAUUGCUGUUGCUUGCAUAGCAAUAGCAUGAGAUAGAAUAUUCAUAUACUUAUUUUUUUGGUUAGUGCUAUAUGAAUUAGCGUAGUACAACUGCAGAGUUCCUGAUGUUGUACUAUGCCAUUUUUCAAGCUGUUUUUUGGUAGCUGCCACUUGAACAAUAUCUGUUGCCAUCAAGGUGUUGUUAGUGUUUUUUUAAAAACGUUUGAUGUUUGAUAACUUCCCGUGUAUUCAGCAAGCCAGAAUCAGCACAUAAAAAAUCUAAAAUCUUUUGUCUGCUCUGAUUUUUAAUUUGUAUGCACUUGAUUUGCAUAUUGAUUUAAGAGCCACUAUCUGUUGCUUGUACCUCUGGUGGUCUCCAUUUGAAGACAGAAUUCAGUCUUGCCUUACACACAGGGGAUCAUAAAGUCAAAAUCUAUUUUCUAUGUACUGGUACUGUGUACUGUAUAUACAGUUUAUAAAUGUUAUUUCUGCAGACACCUUCUUACUAUAUAAGUUUGAUCACACUGUUUUAGAGUCCUAAUGCCAAGUCAGCAGAUUUGCUUUUGAAUUACUGGCAACUGGAACUAGCCUCAUGUAGGAAAUCUGUAACAGUGUUCAAUCUAAGUACUUUUUCUUCUGUAGCAGAAAGCUUAUACUUAUUGUAAAUACGAAUGAGUGCUUGAGAUAAAGGGUCUAACUCUUAUACCUUAUGCUGUCCUUGCAAACCCAAUUUUGCAUUUUAAAUUUAUGGUAAAGAUAACAAACUUGCCACUAUAAAUUAUUCUUCUCUGUACAGGUCACAAAAUUGCAACGGGCACAGCUUAAUUUUUGUUCUAUUGUCAGAAUAAUAGAGCACACAUGACAGAGGUGUGUAUGUGAGUGGGUGGGCGGUGGAUGGAUGUAUGUGUGCAUGUGCACGUUAGGCAGCAAAGUGUGAGACUCUACUGAAGAAAACAAAGGUUAUUCAAAAGACCAACAAGUCUGUUUCUUCAUUCUGUCUAGUAAUUUAAUAACCCAAAUUGCAGUCGGGGAAUAUGAGGGAGUUUACUGACCCAGGUAAUUGAGAAAGCGUAAAUCUGCUGGCUCUUUGUUGAGACUUCAGGAGAGUAAAAAGAGGCAAAUGUUACUGUGAGUGUUUCACUGGAAAUGUAAAAUCUUUGUGUUUUAGAGUAUUUGUUUUAGUAAGAAAAGUUUACACAGCUUGUGGAGAGUUAUUUUGUUGGAAAAUAAAUUUUUGUAGCUUCUCCACUUUUUCUACACUUGCCAAUUCCUCUGCAUUCCCACUUUGCAGCCAGCUCACUGCUUUUCCUUCACCUAAACUGUUGUGCUGCUGGUGAGAGCUUAGAAAAAUGACUGUGACAAAACACUCUGUUACAAGCUUGCUAGAGAAAAUGCAUUGAAAUCAAAGGGAGUGAACACAGUUUGUUUUGCAUUGAACACCUGUUGCACUGGUAAGUGGGGGGAAAUUCACUAUUAUUUUUGACUACAGGUUCCAUACCCUUGCCUAGUGUAAAAGCUGUUCUGCAUCACAUAUAGUCUUUGUAGUAAUUGUAUGAAUGAAAUACUUUUUGUAUUUCACUGUAAAUAGCACGUUAUAUAAAGACUGUAGUAGGAUAAUAAUUAAUUUAGCUGGAAGUUCUUUUUAUUUAUUCUUUUAAUUCUGGGAAUAUCAGCAUUGCCUGAUUUUGAAUAUCAUUUUAGUGAAAUGGAUAAGAUAUAUGGCAGGUGCAUGUUUUCCCCAAUCUGCUAUUCCAGCAUCCAAGCAAUUCAGUUUAACUCCCUUAGGCAUACUCUGUCCUCCCUCUCCCUCUUUCACCCCUCUCCCUGAUGCUUUAUAUGCAUUUUUUACAACGUUACAGUGUGAAAUUCUGCUGUCAGAUAUCUGGCCAUUCCUCCCAGUGAUGCUGACCGUUGUGGUUAUUCAAGGGUAGUAUUUGGCUCAAAGCAUGAACUGUGGGGAACACAAGGAAAAGGGUAUUUUUCUAGAAAUAAAAUGCUCAGCAUUUUUUUAAACAUCACUAAAUGAAUUUGUAGACAAAGGAAGCAUAGGUAAGUAGAUCUGUUGUAUUACUAAAUGGAUAUAGACGAGUACAUAAACAGUGACUUUUGAUACAAGAGGAUUUUCAGGGUAUCAGUGGAAAAUGACAUUGAAAGACUUUGUUGUUUGAAUCAUAUCAGAGCAUAUGUAAAUGGGAAGAGAAGUUAUAUUGUCUUGCUCUAUAUAGCCUGCCUUUAGCUAUUUUACCAGCUUCAGUAAAUGCUGUUGCUCCCUACAACUGUUAUCUGACAGCUGUCCUCCAAGAAGUGAUCUAUGGAUUCCACUUCAAUACCUUGAAUUUUUUUGUUGUUCUUUUUUUUUUUAACUUUUGCUCCAGAGAGUGUUUAUUUUCCACCUUUCUUAAAGUAUUUUUUAAGGAAUGUUUGGCAGAAUUUCAAAGCACUGAGUAGUGUAUGAAAACCAUGGAGUAGGUAGCCAUGUAAAGACAAAUAAAUGAGAAAAUAAAAAGCAUAGUCCAAGCCCUAGUAUUUAAGUAUGGCCUAUAUAUUGAUUCAUGGAAUAUAAAUAUCUUAUCACAAAAAAAGGCAUGUCCCAAUGCAACUACUGAGAGAAUCAUGUUUUAUAUAGUGCUGCUAAUUAUGUAGGGACAACAUACUAACACAUGCAUUUCUUAGGCGGACUCACUCAGUAGGUUAUUAGCCUUGCUAACAUACUUUCCUUCAGUUAUUGUUUUAAUAGUAACAAAUCGUUUGUAAUGUGAGCUUGUACUACACGUAUUGCACAAUACCACCUGCCUGCUGAGCACUACUUUGAAAAGCACUUUAACGGGAUUAUUUCAAUAAGAAGCUUUAAAAAUACUCCAACUGGAGAACAUAUCAAAGGUUAUUGUGAUGAAAUGUCUUUGCAAAGUUUUGCCAAUAGAAGUUUAAUAUUAUUGUUUGCAUUAGGAUACUAAUGAGUUCAUAUUUCUGUAUCUGGUUUCAGGAGCUUUGAAUCUGAGGAAUGGUAGAGGUGCCAGUGAGCUCCAGAGUCUUCUUAUGUAUGUGUGGUACAAAACAACACGUAAAAUUUCUAUUCAAAUGAGCUAAAAAGAUAAUAAAACCAGUGAGACAGAAGGAAAGGGAGGAAGAUAAAAUAGUUGAAUGAUAUGUAGGUCUUGUCAGCUCUUGCUCUAUAUUUUUGUAAAAAUUUCAGUAUAUGGAAGGAAUGGGACGCAUUUUAACAUUCACGUGUAUAUAUGGCAGAUGUUAACCUUAUUUUUGUAUGUCUUUUCAAAUUAAUACACAUCAGUGCUGUUCAUCAGCCCAAGCCUAUCCUUUAUCAGUUGUUCAGUGUCACACAGACAUCAUGGAAGAAAGAAUUCUUGAGGAGGGACUGGAAGGAGGUGAGAGUAAUGGUCUCCAGACCUGUUAAGGGACAGGACAGUAGGGAUGAAUAAGCAAACAGAUUUGUGCACAAAGACAGCAUGAGUAGGAGUUAAGAACUGAAAGAAACCAUUUUUAAAUCUGUCCAUAAAUUACUGCCUAGAAAUUAAAAAAUUCUUCUAAAAUACUCAUGAAUUCAUAUUCUGUGUCUGGUAUCAGUAGUUCAGAAUUUGAGAAGAGUUCCACAAUUUUUGCUUCACAAGGAGUAAAAUUAAAUUGAUAGUUUCUCCAGAGGAUUUGGCCCUAAUUAAUGAAGACUGGCUUUAAUACCACAAGGAGUCUGAGUGGUGUACCUGUUUUCACAGAAAUGUGUAAACUCUUAACUUACAGCCCUUAUAAAUGGAGGAUAAGGAAAUUAAAUUCCACUCAUCAAACCCUGAAUUAAAGUAGAGACCUAUUUUCACUUCUCCCUGCAUAUCUGGUUACUCUGCAUACAUGCAGUUCCUGCUGAGGUCUAAUACCCUGCCCCUUAAUACUUACUGUCUUUUAUGAAUUUGUUUUAGUAAUUAUCAUUUUUAAGCUCCAUUGGUUUCUAAAGUCAUAUUCACUUUCUGUGACACCUGCAGAGGUUUUAACGUGGUCCAUUAUCACUCCCUUAGCUGGAAUGCAGUGAGUGGUCUGAUGAUUGCUUUUAAUCAGUGUCUGUCCAAAGUAAAAAGGUUAGUGUAAACCACCUCCUGUGUUAGUUACUAAAGCCUCUUCAAGAUUUAUUUUGGUUUGUGGUUACAUUUGACCUCUGAUUGCUUUAGCACAUCAGGCUGAAAGCUACUUCCUAAAUGCUUUUGACUUCAAUUCUAUUCCAUCCAUGAAAAUAAAGCACAUUGCAAAACGCUUUAUUACAUAGCCUAGAGGAAGAGCAGAGAAAUUAUUUUUCAGAGUGUAAUAUAACAUUUCUGGUGUACAUUUACUUAUAUUUAUUACUUUAUUGCAGAUCUUUCACCAAAAUUUUAGUUCUUCUAUCAUCUGUAAAAUAUGUGGAUGCCAUUUUUAUUGUACAUGUUUUUAAUCGAAUGUUAUUCAAUCGAAUUUAUUGCUUGGCAAUUUGUCUAUAAUUUAUUUCCCCACUUUUAUGUAACAAACUGUUACAUAUGAGCUUACAGUAGUUUUAUAGACAGUUUCUUUUUAUAACUUACCACCCUAGAGAUGUGUUCCUACGCAGCCCCAAAAAAGAUUUAUAUCAGAUAUAAUAGAGAUUAAGCUGGUUCUUCUAACUCAUCUGUGUUCUCUUUUCUUACUUUUUUUAUUACCACUUUUAUCUAUCACGCUUACCUACUCUGCAAUGAAUUCCAGCAGUACAAAAUUGGAUUUGCUCAUAAAUUUUUAGUUGUAAACAAUUAAACAUAAAAAGAAGGUUCUUUAUAAACUACCCACUCCAAAGUAAUUUCUUGUUGAUCACCAUCACCAGCCUAUUUCUUACUAAAAUAUACCCUUUUACUUAAAAAGCAUAUGAAAUCCUAUGAUCUAAAAAUUGGUGGACUCCGUGACACUGAAACAGGAAAAAGCUGUAUAAUAAUUUCAUACUAUACUAGGCUGCCUAUUUUAAUAUCUUUAUAUUGACAAAUAUUUAGAUUUGGCACUAUUACUAAUCACUGUUUCUGCAAAUAGAGAAAACUACUUUUCAGACUUUCUUAAAGACAGGAUCUGAUUGCAUGCUUUAUCUAUUUUUUAGGGUUAAUCUUUCAUUACAACGACAAUAACUUUUUUU